AUGGUCAAGACACGUCAAUGGCAGCUGGCCCACAAGCCCAGAGACGAGCCUCAACUCUCUGGUCCGAACCCAACCUUCAAGCUCGUCGAGACCGAGCUUCCGGAGCCCAAGGAAGAUGAAUUGCUGGUCAAGACACUGUCUCUGUCGAACGAUCCCGCUCAGCGUGGUUGGAUCGACCCUGACAUUCCGGCCGAGAGGCUCUACGUUCCGCCAGUAGCCGUCGGAGCCCCCAUGGCCGCACGAGGUCUUGCAGAAGUCAUUGAGUAGGUAGCAGUUUGUCCAGACGGCAUAGCGGCAUUGGUUUUGCUGAUGCUUGCGUAGAUCCAAAUCGUCCACUUACAAGAAAGGCGAUACAGUGUUGGCGACCACGAAUUGGUCUGAAUACGCUAUCGUGCCGGCAAGCACCUGUCAACCCGCUCAGGACCUUCCUGGAGGCAAGUCAAAGACGCACUACCUUGGAGCGCUAGGGAUGACUGGUCUGACUGCCUACUUCGGCUUGACUGGAGUGGGUGAGACAACCAAGGACGAUAUCAUCGUCGUCUCCGGAGCUGCAGGCGCCACUGGAAGCAUGGCCGUUCAGAUUGCCAAGAAGAUCAUCGGCUGCAAGAAAGUCAUUGGUAAGACUUCGCCUGCUGUGCACUGACUAUACUUGAGAUGGCUAACAGGCCUCGUCUCCAGGUAUCGCCGGCACAGACGAGAAGUGCCGUUGGGUCGAGAAGCUGGGCGCCGACGUCUGCCUCAACUACAAGAGCAAGUCUUUCGCCGAUGAUAUGAAGAAGGAAACUCCAGGACCCGACGGCUUCGCCGAUGGUGAGUUCAGCCUAGUUCCCUUCCCCGCCUAAGACGAGUCUGUUGACCACAGCCAGUCUAUUUCGACAAUGUCGCAGGCGAGAUUCUCGACUUGAUGCUGUCACGCAUGGCUCGCCACGGACGCAUCAUCGCCUGCGGUGCGAUUUCGAGUUACAACACGGCCUCUGAGCGGACGACAGGGCUGAAGAACUGGUUUGAAAUUGUCAGCAUGCGCAUUAAAUGCCAAGGCUUUAUCGUUCUGGACUUCAUGAAGGACUUCUCCAAGGCGUUGGAUAUCUUCAAGCAGGCUCUAGCCGAUGGCAGGCUCCAAAUCGAUGAAGGCGAAACGGUCAUUCCCACAAAGUUCGAGGACGUACCGAAGACGUGGCUCAAGUUAUUCGACGGCUCCAACCAGGGCAAACUGAUCACGCAGAUCCAAGGGUGA